AUGAUAGCUCCGAAGGGUACAAUUACGUGGGUGCCGCUGGUUUCUGCGGACGUCUGGCGAAUAAAGCUGAUCAAACUUACUGUCAACGGAUACCCGAUAAUCAGCGGAGCUGUGGAUGCUGCUGUCGAUACUGGGUCGACCAGUAUCGUUGGACCACCUGAAGAUAUUCAGACGGGUACAAUUACGUGGGUGCCGCUGGUUUCUGCGGACGUCUGGCGAAUAAAGCUGAUCAAACUUACUGUCAACGGAUACCCGAUAAUCAGCGGAGCUGUGGAUGCUGCUGUCGAUACUGGGUCGACCAGUAUCGUUGGACCACCUGAAGAUAUUCAGACGAUUCAUGGACUGAUUGGAGCCAGCGACGAUGGAGCGAUUGACUGCAGCACUAUUCCCGAUCUUCCCGCGAUCUCUUUCAAAUUUGGUGACGUUGAAUUCGUCCUUAGAGGAUCUGAUUACGUUAUUCAGGUACUGAUGGUUGCGCUUGCGAAGUUCGGUUAG